AUGCCGAGGAAGUCUACAUGGUCUCUCAAUAUGGACCUGCCAACCGAUCUCACAGUCGACCCCGUAGCGACAGCUGUCGAGCUGUCUGCUCAGCUGGCCGAAGUGACAUCCUCGACCACCUUAUCUGCCACCUUGAAGAAACUGCAGAUUCGGGAUCCGAUUCUCGACCUGUGUCCUUCGGUCGACUUUUUAUUAUCCCUGGCUGCCCUUCCGGACGAUGAAAUGUCACACGAUGAAAAGCGUGCGCGUUUAUCCAAAGCAUUACUCCGAGCCGCCGGAAUGGGUGACACGGAUGUGCUGACAUGGAUUGUACAGCCUGGGUCCCCAGCAUGGACAUUUCUGCCGACCACUGUUGCGAAACUUGCAGCGAAAAAUUCUCCUGGGACGCAUCCAUCGGAGGCAGAACGCUCUCCAUGUGUCGACUUCUCCAAGAUUCGCGAUGACGAUGGCGUGGGCCCCGUUGUGUUGGCGUCCAGCUCUGGCAAUCUGGAAGCUGUGCGCUUACUGAUCCGAGAAGGCGCCGACGUCAAUGAAAGAGACGCAUGUGGGUGGACGCCGCUCAUGUGGGCAGCAAACAGCUCGAAUGUUCCCCUCGUCGCGUUUCUCCUUUCCCGGGGAGCCGACCCCGAAGCGCGUAGUCACAAAGGCACGUCUUGCGAAGAUUUUAUCCUUUCUGUGGCAUCAGAACAGCUGUCUAUCGACAAUAAUGCUAUGAGCACCGCAGAUCGAUUCGCAUCGUCUUUUUACACAGUGGCGUCGUCGAGUCGACAGCAUUCGAGCUCACCUGCUACAGCUCACCGCAACUCAGAUCGUGAAGUGAUUGCGGACAUGAUUCUAGAACAUCAGAAGGCUGCAGCAAAGGAGAAACGAAGGUCGAUGCUGGAAUGCAAUGUAGAGGUGGAGGGACUGCAUGGCUUGCGGAUCAACAAUAGUGAAGGUCUCACUAAGAGCAGUGUUGGAAGCAAUGCUCCCACCCCUGCCCGAACGCUAGCAGCAGGAAGUCUCCUUGGCUCCAGCCAAGCCACAGACGAGAGGCCCAUUUCACCCAUGUCAGCAGUCUCGUCUUCAGAGGCGGAAUCAGGGACAUCAGCCCACAUCAGACUGGCAGGGUUGCGAGACUGUGACUCGGAGUCUGAUCAGCCAUCAUCGCACCGACGGACGACAAGUUUGGCCUCCGCAGGUACACGACGCUUGCUGGAUCGAUCGGAACGCGUCCAACUCGCAGAGCAGGAGUUGCGAGCUCGUGAGCUGGCAGAGGGGCGUAAACGGGCACUCCUGGAUAUCGCCACCAUGCUUUCCGUCGACUUUGAGUCUCUUGUGGGUAAUCCGCCUCCAACGCCGCCUAUGGCUCCUCUAUCGAGUGCGCCCGGCCGCAGUCAGCAGCCACGGCGUCUGCGCAAGGCACAUCGACCAGCAGCCAAGGCCAGGCUUGUGCAAUCCGCUCUUGCCUCCGGAUGUGGAGCAAUUGAAGUGGGGGCUGAUCCCCUUUUGGAAGAGUUUGACUUCGAAAAGGUCAGACACGAUCAGAUGCUUGUCUUUGCAUCUGCAGAUCUCCCACUUUUGAAGGAUCUCCUCGUGAAGAAUGCCCGGCCAGUCAGAGCACCCUGGACCGCAAGAGCAAUGCCAGCCAAUGUGCUCUUCCUCUGCGCAAGGUACGCCUGUGCAUUUGAAGGUCCCGGUCUUCUAGACGAGCUCAUGAAGACAGCGAUCAACCAGAUUGAGGACUCCAUCUAUGAACAUCAAAUGGACAUGGUCUGGCUGGUAUUCUGGAUGUCCAACACGACUCUUCUGCUCCAUUACUUUCUUGUCGAUGCGACAUUGAGCAGCUCUGAAAUGGCAGAGGAGUACCAGGGGCUUUUGACCGACCUCAUUAACGAGAUCUAUGUCUUCAUCAUUCGUGAUGCUGAACGAAGGAUAGACAACGUCCUCGAUACCGCCAUGCUGGAAUACGAGUCCUUGCCAGGGACGUCAGAAGCGCGUUUUGAAGGGGACUGGAACUUUAUGAAGAACCUUGCUGGAAGUGUCAAAAACAUGGGGUCAUCCAGUCCCCAGCGACGACCUCUCAGCCAGAUUUUCAGCGGCAGCAACAGUCCUAGAGGGCCAACUACACCGGCUACAAACGGGCUUUCCAUCUCGCAGCAAAAGGCAGCUUCAUCAUCUCCUAGCAAGAGGGCUCCCUCUGAGCUGAAUCUAUUGAGCGUUCGAGAGGCGUCGUACAAUGCAACUGCCGAUGAUCUUCUUGCAUAUCCUUCGCCCAGAACAGUCACCUCACUAUUGACAUCCACGCUCCAAGUCAUGCAGCUUUACGAAAUCAAUCCCGCCAUCAUCGUCCAGGUGCUCUCCCAAAUCAUUUUUUGGGUUGGCUGCGAGCUUUUCAAUCGUAUCCUCGCAAACAAAAAGUAUCUGUGCCGUUCAAAGGCGAUGCAGAUCCGCCUCAACGUCAGUGCCCUGGAAGAUUGGGCCCGCAACAAUGCGCUGCCUCUCGCCAUUGUUCAUCAACACCUCGCGCCGCUAUCCCAGCUGGUCUCCUGGUUGCAGUGUCAGAGUGCACUUCUCGAUUUCGAUGCGCUCAUUACUACUAUGCAGAAUUUGCGGGCUCUUAACCCUCUGCAGCUCCGCCGAACGGUGCGAGAUUAUCGGUAUGAAGUCAACGAGACACGCAUGAGCGAGGAGUGCUCGCAGUACUUGUUGCAGCUGCACGAAGACUGGAUGCGCUCGCUAACUACUGCAUAUCAACGGUGGCAGCGGGGCGAAAGGCAAAGCCAUGGCAGUGGACAUUUCCGGUCUGGGACGGCUACACAACAGAACCCACGCGGCGACCCCGAUGUGGACAUGGCUGGUACCAACGAUGCCGAGUUGGCAGACCUGACGCUAAGGAGCGCUGAAGAUACCGAAAUGACAGACGAGGAGCGGGCUGCGCGACAUGCACAAAUGUCCAUCGACGCUCUCUUUGAGCCCGGCAACAGCAUGGCAGACUACAUGCCAUCGUGGACACCUCUCGGUCGACCAGGACCCAAUGGAGAGGUAGUUGCUCUCUCUGAGCGUGUCCGGGAUAGCGAUUCCACCGCUGGUGAGGCACUGAACAGCCGGGAAAUGCUCCCUUUCGCGCUUCCUACAGGAAGUGAGGCACUCACGGUCAGCCCUGGCGAUGCUUUCAACUUUGGACGGGGCCACUUCAACGGAACUGGCACUCCGAGCUUGAAAAGCCUGCAUGCUCUGAGUUCACGCUUCAAUCCGGCCUCGCUGCGGUCGUCACUUCCUACCAGUCCUCGAAUACCAGGCAUGGAUGGGUCUCAAUCUAGCGGGCGUCGCAGAGAAGAGGACACCGAGAGUGUAGCGUCUUCUUCGAACACUAGGUCCAGCGCUAGUAGUCGGCAGAGCCUGUACCCUACGGGGCAUGGCUUUGGCGCUGGCGCCUCAUGGAGGCCGGUGCCCUUGCUCCCGGAAGGACUCCUUGAACAGAUCGAUCACCUUUCCCGCGCUCACCGACGAGUGACACUCGAGCAUCGACCUCCUUCAAGUGCGUUUUGGGAUUCGCCCUCGAUAACGUUUGCUAACGGCGAUCAAUUGCCCACACGGCCUGUGAGCGAUUCAACGCAGACCGAACGCGAUGUCGUUAUCGGAGAAAGCGGUGACGACAGCGAGCCGUCCUCAGAUGACGUGGUCAUUGGCAACGCGGACGGCGGACUACGGCAUGCUGGCACCAUCAAGUCGCAUGCACGUAAAGUGUCGCACUUCUCUGCCAAGCCACUGCGACUGGUUGUUCCGGACAAGAGCAAAGUUGUUGAUAGUAUUGCCGACGGUCUCGACGGACACGAUAUGGCAUUCACGCCUGUCAGUACCUGGAUGCAUUCGGCUUAA